ACAAAUUCCAGAAUUCCCUGUCCAAAUCCCAGAUUAAAUAGCUCCGGUCUCAAAGCGAAUCUCUUCGGUGGUUUCGGAUCUGAAGAUUAUUCAUUGAUGAUUACGAAGAUAAAAUACACAAGAGGGCGAUGAAGUUCGAGGACGUUGCAGUGUAUUUCUCCGAAGAAGAGUGGAAGUAUUUAGAUGAUGCCCAAAAGGCCCUGUACAAGGACGUGAUGAUGGAUAUUUACCAGACUCUGGUGUCCCUGGGGUGGAUGGAGAAGAAAUAUAGUUCUCCGGUAGAAAACUGUAACCUACACGAAGAGACUAAAAACCACGUGCUGAGGAAUCUCCUGGGGUAUGAUGUGGGACCUUUUACUUCCAUCCGUAUAUAUAAUGUUCGGAAGCCUAAACGGAUGAUCGCUUCCAACAAGAAGACUGAUCUAGAGCACUUCGACAUGGAUCAAUACUUCAGAUCUUCACAGAGUGGCGAUGGCUGCAACUCCAAACCAGAGUUUGAUACGGGCUGUGCAUAUAAUCUGCGAAAAACAAAAGAGAUCUCAACCUCUAGUAAUACGUAUGAUCUAGAGCCCAGGAAAAUUGAGGAGCAUCUCAAGUAUUUUGAAAGUAGCGAGAGCUGCAACUCGGAACCGGAGUAUGGUUCUCGGCAGCGCAUUCGGAAAAAAAAUAAGUGUCGAAUCAAAAAAAUGAAAUUAAGUAGCCAAAGUGUUCCAAAGGAAACUUUUUUGAAAACAAAAGAAGAUCUUACGUGUUCUGAAUGUGGAAAAACGUACAUUAAGAAAUCAUUUUUGGUUAAACACCAAAUAAAGCAUGCGGAAAAGCCACUUCAUGAAUGCUCUGAAUGUGGGAAGUGCUUUUCACAAAAAUUCCAUCUUCUCCGACACAAGCGGUGUCAUGCGGUAAAGAAGCCUUUUUCUUGUGAGUACUGUGAGAAAUGCUUCUCAGAUAGCUCAACGUUAUUGAAGCACCAGAGGAUCCACUCUGGAACCAAACCUUUUGAAUGUUUAGAAUGUGGAAAAUGCUUUACAAUCAGCACGUACCUUAUCGUCCACCAGAGAACCCACACUGGUGAAAAACCAUAUAAGUGUUCAGAAUGUGGGAAAAGUUUCAGCCAAAGCUCUUCGUUGAUCAUACACCAGAGGGUCCACACUGGAGAAAAGCCAUAUGCCUGUACAGUUUGCCGGAAAACAUUCAACCACCAUUCACAUCUUGUAACUCAUCGACGGAUCCACACGGGGGAAAGGCCCUUCUCGUGCCCUGAUUGCAACAGGAAAUUCAACCAUAGCUCUCAUUUGGUUUGCCACAGGAGGACUCAUACGGGCGAGAAGCCAUAUGCUUGCACCGAAUGUGAAAGGGCCUAUGCUCAAAGACAACAGCUUGUUAGACAUCUGAGGGCUCAUGCAGAAGAAGGCCUUGUUCCGCCUAAGUGAUUAUCCCUCUAGACUAAAGCUGCACAACCACUGAAUUCACAAACUACGUUAUUAUUGACAUUUUAGGGAAGGAGAACACUGAAGAAGAGGAUAGUUUCUCUACAGUACAUUUGUCCAUAGCCUGGGAUUUUGUAAGGCUACCUUAGACUGUACUGGGAAGGUAUGAAAACCAGAGUUGGGAUCCACUGUUGCAAUGUCCCAAUUUAUUUAUUUUUGUUACACGUCGAAUCUAAAAAAAAAAAUGGGAAAGUUAAACUUGUUGUAAUAAUAAAAAGAAACGUUAUUCAUUCUGUUACCAAAAGUAGAAAAUAUAUUAAAAUUUCUGAAAA